ACAAGUCAAUACGCCAACAUAUGAUCCAAUGGCAAAGAUGGGUGAUUAUGGUCAAGAUGAUUAUUCCGACAAAUACAAUGAUGAUACGCCUCCUCCAAUCAGUCCAAAGAAGAACAACACAUCGACUAGCACACCAAAGACAAAAACACCCGCCACCACACCUGGCAAAGGCACAGGAGUUACGGUAGGCACUGGUUCUGGCAGUGGGAAGAAUACAACAACCACUGGUGGAGGCACAGGCACACCCACUCCAAGUAACGGUUCUGGCUCUGGCUCUUCAUCUGGUGGAAGCGGAUCUUGUGGUCAAAGUGGUAACAGUGAUUACUCUUCCGGCGGCGAUUGUACCCCAGAAAAGCCUGGCCGUAAGCACAUCAAAAAUCAUCAUGGACACAAAGGUGGCAAUCAUAAGCCAAAGUCCAAUUCUCGUUAUUCUACCAAUAACGGUUCUGGUGGAAGUGCUCCUCCACCAACAACACAGAACGUUCCACAAGGCUCAUCGCAGGGCACUAGUGAUUACCAGCAACCACCUUCGCAAAAUACUGACAGUCAACCACCAGCGACUGGUAAUGGCAGUGACAAUGGUUCUCAAUCAUCAACGCCCGUGAGCAAUACUGAUGGUGAUAACACUCAGAAUUCAGACGAUUAUCAAGCACCUCCCAGUCAAAAUGAUGAUGGUGACGACGAUGAUUACACCCCGCCAACUCAAGAUGACGACGAUGAUAGCAAUGAUGAUGAUGAUAAUUCCUUCGGCGGCCCAAUUUCCAUCAGUCUUGGCGGUCUUAACCUUUAAGAACUUUUGCACAAAGAACACCUCAUCCGACUUCAAGCUGACUGGUUCAGCUUCACUACAGUACACAACGUUCAUGAAGA